AUGGAAGUCGCGUCCUGGUUGCUAAUUGAAAUCGAUGACUACAGAGUCAAAAGUCUCUACAGAAAUUCUUUCAAGAUGGAAGAAAUUUCUGAUUCCGAACACCCAUCCCAGUCUAUGUUGACUGUUCCGGCCUCUCCCAUCCUUUCGAGGAUGCCCGGAAAAGGGCCAAAACCCGAGCCAUCGACCCCGAGGGGUCUAAAAAGAAAGACAUCUCCGCCAAUUUCUUCGAGGCCAUCGAAAAUGGCAACUCCGGGGCCAUCAAAAAACCCGGAGACGAUGACAGUCCGUGGUCUUUAUAAGUACCACGGCCUCGGCCGCAAGAAGCUCGAGAAGUACCACAGCCCCGGAUCGUUGAGACGAUAUGCCGAGGCCGAGCUUCAAAAGCUGCAAGCAAUCUUCGACGAGGAGAUUGCAAAGAUCAAGUCGACGGAUAUCCCUUUGGCCCAGGAGAUAACCUUCAGCAACAUCGAUGAGCUUGUUGAAGAAGCGAUGGAACGUCUCGAAACUGAAAAACAGACGUUGACACACCUGAGAGGUGUCAUCGUGCUGUACUCCAGGACCAUCUUUCAGAUCGCAGAGGACUUACUCGAGGAAAUCGGGUAUGUUACUGCCAGCCAGCAGGAAGAGGAGGAUGGCAAGGAGGAGAAGGAGGAAGGUGACAUUAAAGAUGAAGAGAUGGACGAAGACGAAGAGGGAAAAGAAGAGGAGGAGGAUGAAGAUGAAGAUGAAGAUGAAGAUGAGAACGAGGACGAUAUCAUCCUCGUCGAUUAA